GCCAUCGAGGGCCCGAGCACGGCGCUGGCUGUUGGGUUCACCGUUCGCCGGUCUCCCGUGCACCUCACUCUCGUGAUUUUCCCCAGGCGGCGAUUAUCGGGCGACGGCGCCGCCUUCGCCGUUCUUGGUGCCGCCCUUCGCCCGCGACGAGCACCCACCAGGGUUUGAAAACAUCUUGUAUGCUCAGGGUUCGGCGCUGACUGGUGAAAAUUGUUUGGGGGCUCUGAGGACCGAAAUUCUGUGAAUCAAUUGUAAAGAGGUGUGGCUAUUUGUACUUUCCGAGGUGUGAAGAAAUGGAAUGCAAUAGAGAUGAGGCCAAAAGGGCAAAGGAUAUUGCAAAGAAGAAGUUUGAAGCGAAGGACCUGCAAGGUGCCAGGAAAUUCGCUCUCAAGGCUCAGGCACUCUUUCCCGAUCUUGAAGGCAUUGCUCAGAUGAUUGCCACCUUUGAGAUCUAUCUUGCUUCGGAGGUGAAGGUUGCAGGGGAGAAGGACUGGUACUCUAUCCUUUCUGUUACGACAGCAGCGGAUGAUGAAACGAUCAAGAAACAGUACAGGAAGCUUGUUCUUCUGCUACACCCUGACAAGAACAAGCAAGUGGGUGCUGAGGGUGCUUUUCAGAUGGUCAAAGAGGCAUAUACAGUGCUUUCCGAUAAAACCAAGAGAGCAGUAUACGACCAAAAGAGGAAUGUAAGGGCAUUCCAACAGAGGACAACUCAAUCAAGUAAGGCAAGUGCGGCUCCUGGUGCAUCUAAUGGCUUCUAUAAUUUCGCAGCUAAUGCUGCUGCCGCCUCCAAGCCAACAGUAAACAAGAAAACAGCGGGACCAGCAACACCUGCCGUGCGCCGACGCCCACCUCAACCUCCACCACCAUCCGCACCCUCUCCUGCACCUUCCUCUUCUACCCCUGCACCUGGGGCGAAACCUCCUACAUUUUGGACCUCAUGCAACAAAUGCAAGAUGAAUUAUGAGUACCUCAGGGUGUAUCUGAAUCACCAUCUUCGUUGCCCUAGUUGCCGUGAGCCAUUCCUAGCAAAAGAGGUACCAAUACCACCAACUGAGACUCUGGUUCAGGAUUCAAACAGCAGUGGUGCAAAUAAAAAUGCAAGAACUAAUAGAAAUAUGCAGUGGGGUCCAUUUUCAAGGGCUGCUGGUGCAGCUAGUGCCACUGCAUCAUCUGCUGCUGCUGCUCAAGCUGCUAAUGUAGUUCAUCAGACGUAUGAAAAAGUUAAGAGGGAGAGGGAGGAGGCACAAGCAGCCGCGAGAAGGGAGGAGGCUCUUCGUCGGAAGUACAAUCCUCUAAAAAGGCAUGGAAGCAUGUCAGAGAACAUUAAUCAUGGAACAGGUGAUGUUGCAUCAGGAAAGAAGAUGAGGACUAAAGAUUCUGGAGUUGGUUCUUCAUCGGUCGUACCAGGUCCUGGAGCAAAUUGUUUUAGAGUGCCUGGUGUGAAUAUAUCUUUUUCAACCAACAUUGGGGUCUAUGAGUUUCAAGGCGUUAAUGGUGGACUCAAUUGGAAAACCAGGCCUCCAAUCCACAUAAGUUUAGCCAAGACCUUCUCUCAGUUGGAUGUUAGGGGUCUUUUGCUGGAAAAAGCGAAAAAUGACCUGAGAAACAAGCUAGCAGAAAUAAAAAGUAAAACAUCCAAAGUUGCUGCUAGUGAAAAAGCGAGCAAGAAACACGUGGUUAAGGAAAAUGGAGGGGAUAAUGAAGCUCUCGCAUCAGAUGAUCCUACUACCAGUAAAGAUGUUCAUGCUGAUCCAAAAGAGAUUUGUUCUAAUAUGAGCUCAGAUGCUGAAAAUGAAGAUGAUGACCCCUUGUCCUAUAAUGUUCCUGAUCCUGAUUUCCAUGAUUUUGACAAGGAUCGCACCGAGGAAUCUUUUCAAAGCGACCAAAUUUGGGCUACAUAUGAUGACGAAGAUGGCAUGCCUCGUUAUUAUGCAUUUAUUCAGAAAGUUCUCUCCUUGAAACCAUUCAAGCUCAGAAUGUGCUAUCUCGAAUCAAAGACAAAUAGUGAAUUUGGGCCUUUGAAUUGGGUUUCUUCUGGCUUCACAAAGACAUGUGGUGAUUUCAGGACUGGUAAAUCUGAAACAUGUGAUAUAGUCAACAUGUUCUCUCACCAGAUGAAAUGGGAGAAAGGGCUGCGUGGGGUUAUCAAAAUUUAUCCACAGAAAGGUGACAUCUGGGCUAUUUAUCAGAAUUGGUCCCCUGACUGGGAUGAAGAAACUCCAGAUAGUGUGCUCCAUGCCUACGAUGUGGUUGAGGUGCUAGAUGGUUAUGAUGAAGAUCAUGGCAUCAACGUUAUUCCCUUAGUUAAAGUUGCUGGGUUUCGAACAGUAUUUGAGCGCCAACAGGAUCUGAACGCUACCAUGAAGAUUCCCAAAGAAGAGAUGUUUCGAUUUUCACAUCAAGUUCCUUUUUACAGGAUGUCAGGCGAAGAAUCUCCAAAUGUCCCCAAAGAUAGCUAUGAGCUUGACCCAGCUGCUAUUUCUAAAGAACUCCUUCAAGGGAACACAGAAACAGUGGAGGCAAAUGGAACUUCCUAAUGUUGAUUAAGACAGUUGACGACGGUCUGCCUUGGUUGACCUUACCAUUUUGAAGCAAUCAAGCAGAAGUUGUCGACACUUGCAAGUUUUAUAGUUUUCCUUCUACAGCUUUUGACAAUUACCUUUGCAUAGAAGGGUUAGAAUGGGGUCAGUCAUUAAGGAGUCAGCCGCUUAGCUAAAAGGUGUAAUUAGGGUGCUCUGACAUGAAUUUUGUCGUGAUACUAUACUUAGUAACUCUAAAUGUGGGUGGAGUACUAACGCAAAGCUCAUGUAGCAGUUUUUAAUGUCAGUGUUGACAUUGUUUUGUCUUGAAUGGAUCUAAUGUUUUUUUCCUGGGAAAUCAAAAUGCUAAUCAAGAUAUUAUGUCGUGUCCAUUUGUUGGUUCCACUAUUAAAAGCAACCAUAUAUUGUACAUGAUAACUAGCAGGGCUUCAUUCCAUAGUUCUUAAAUUCCUUCCCGCUGUGCUAUACUGUGUGGCAAGCACAUCAGUGUGUGCGAUCGUUUGUGACAGCUUGUGUUCAUAUAUUGUACAUGAUAUCUAGCAGGGCUUCAUUCCAUAGUUCUUAAAUUCCUGCCCGCUGUGCUAUACUGUGUGGCAAGCACAUCAGUGUGUGCGAUCGUUUGUGACAGCUUCUGUUCCUUUUUGGAAGGAAAUGUUUUACUGGAGACCCCAAUGGACUCCUAUUUUUUCUCUCUUCUUUUCCUUAGUUCAGAACUGUUCCUUAAAAUAUUAGGCUAAGUUAGUAUUUUGCUGAAGAAGGCCAUCGAUGUGGUCCUCACUGAAUACUGUAUAUGACCUUCUCAAGGUCAUCGAGUUAUAAGAAAUUAGUGCAUUUCUGUCAUGUUUUGCUUCAGUUGUGCAUUUCAUGUCAUACUCUUGUACCCUGCAAAUUUCAUGGAUGUUUUCAGGCUUUGAACCCCAGAAGUCAAUACCAGCGAUCAUCAUGUGGUCUGAAUUCGAGCACCAGCAGGUUAGCCUUUCUUUCUUUCCUUAUUUUUAGAAUUUUCAGGGCUAGUUUUGUGCAAAAAAGAUCGAUACCAUUAAGGGGUUAAAAAGAAAAACCUAGCCGUGCUCUAAAUGCCAGCUGCAUUUUUUGGCAGUAAUAGAUGGCUAAAAAUCUCACUGUAAUUACAGUGCUCCAGUAAACAUUCAUCCUCUGCCUGUAGUCCUGUACCUACCUUUCCCUCAUCAUGAGCAAUUAGUCCAUAUAAGCUUUUGAUGCAGUGGUGGUGUCAUAUUAAGAUUCCAUCUUUGUUUGCGCAUUCAUGCAGAAUCUUGAACUUUGAUUGUGCAAUAUAGUUUACAAAUUUUUGAAGCUGACAGUAACAAGUUUUGAUUCUUUGUUACUGAGAACAGAAGCCUGGAUGCUGGUGCGGAGGACUCUACUGUGAAGCUCCUCCAGAACAAGGAGCUGGAGCGCGUCAUGAACUGCUCUGCACAGUGUGGUGCGGUCCAGGGCAAGGGACUGAUGGUCUCCCUCUCUAUGUUACAGCAGCUGUAGAGAUCUGGCCUUUAGGUAGGUUGUCUGCUAUGAGAUUGGAACAAGGUUUUUGAGCUGGCUGUUUUUUUUUUUGGGCCUCUUUUGGGCGAGGCAUAGCCACAUAGGAAGAACCCUUGUAUCUUUGCAUAGAAUCAUAUGGCAACGCAUAAUCUGAGGAAGUAUCGGACACC